AUGCUAUUUUUCUCCUUUUUCAAAACAUUAGUGGACCAAGAAGUGGUCGUCCAAUUAAAAAAUGAUAUAGAAUUGAAAGGUACUCUACAAUCUGUUGAUCAAUUCCUAAAUUUAAAAUUAGAUAACAUUUCAUGCACAGACACAAAGAAAUAUCCUCAUUUAGGUUCAGUAAGGAAUAUUUUCAUUAGAGGUUCCACAGUAAGAUAUGUUUAUCUAAAUAAAAAUAUUGUCGAUACCAAUUUAUUACAAGAUGCUACUAGAAGAGAAGCCAUGAGUGAGAGAAAAUGA